AUGAAUAGUUUAUUUAUCUUUCGUCGUGUAUUAUCAAUGUCAGAAAAAAGAUAUAGAACAUUAUCAAUCUCUUCAUCAUCAUCAUCGAGAGAUAUCUAUCCAAUAAUGAAAAAACUUAUUGAUACAAAACAAUAUAAAAAGGCUAUAGAUAUUUUUGAUGAAAAAUUUGACUUAUGUAAAGACCUUGAAAUAGAUUUGGUAUUGAAAGCUUGUCUUAACUUAAAUGAGUAUCAAUGCGCUAUUAAUAUUCAACAAAAACUUUCUCAAAAUUCACUUAACAAUCCUUAUAUACAAACAUCACUUAUUCAAUUAUAUAUACAACAUCAUGAUAUUAAUAAUGCUUAUCGUCUAUUUUUGAAAAUAACCAAUAAAUCCAUUUCUAUCUAUACGACUAUGAUUAAAGGUCUUAUUUUAAAUAAUAUGUUAGAUAAAGUGCUUGAUUUAUUUGAUGAAAUUAAAAUUCAACCUAAUGAGAUUAUGCUCACUAUGUUAUUUGAUGUUUGUGCUCGACUUGAUAAUGAUCGUGCAAAACAAACUGGAAAAAAAAUUCUUAAUGAAAUGUCAGAAAAGUUUCUGAACGAUAGUAUUCUACUUAAUUCAGCAAUAAUUAUGCUAAUGAAAUUUGGUGAUGUUAAAAGUGCCGAAGAUCUUUUUCAUAAAAUAAAGAAUAAGAAUAUUAUUAAUUAUGGUGCUAUGAUGAAAGGCUAUACAUUAAAUAAUAUGUGUGACAAAGCAUUGGAUUUAUUUGAACAAAUAGAAUCAAAUCAUAGUAAUAUUAGUUAUACGAUUAUUUUCAAUGCAUGUGCUCAACUCUU